AUGACAGCGUUUUGGCAAUUCCCCUGCUGCUGGGGUGCUGUAGAUGGGUGCCACAUCCCCAUUCAGUGCCCUCCUGGCGGUCUGAGGGCCAGUAAAGAGUAUCAUAACUUUAAGAACUUUUAUUCAAAAGUAUUGAUGGCCAUUGUAGAUGCACAAGAUCCUUUCAUCUGGGCUAGUGUUGGUUUUCCAGGAAAUUCACACGAUUCCAUCAUUUUCCAGUCCACUGAUUUGUGGCACAACAUUACUGAAAACAACAUCAUACCAUCAAUUUCUCAAGUCAUUGAAGGUACCGAGGUUUACCCGAUGAUUUUGGGCGAUUCUGCUUUCCCAUUCAGAGUGUGGUUAAUGAAACCAUAUGGUAAUGCUAACCUUACACCUGAAGAGGGCUAUUUUAACUAUCGUCUAAGCCGCGCAAGAAUGGUAACUGAGCGAGCCUAUGGACAACUGAAGAGCAGGUGGAGAGUUUUGUAUCGAAAGCUAGAAUGUAGACCAGAUUCGUUGAAACUGGCCGCGCUCGCGUGUAUUGUACUUCACAACAUCUGCAUUACCACAAAGGACAGCCUUCCUGCCCAACUGGAUUUGUCAAUUGAUCCUUUCGCACAAAAGAAAAGGUCCAGAGAAGAAAUACGAGAUCUGUUGCAGAUGCGCAACUGCCCUAACAGAAAGGAUUCAUCUCGCAAAGCUGGAGCAAUAAGGGAGGCUUUGACCAGGAAAAUGUGGCAGGAAAAAGAAGCAAACGAACUGGAAAUGUAG